AGAGCGGAUUUGGAGCGAGCAAAUUCAACAAGUGGAGAACUGGUGGAAAAGAAAUUUUCUGUGCAAGAUCUCGAUCUCCAGAAAUUAGCAGAGAUGGAGGAGAGUAAGGGGUGGAGAAAGAGAGAAACUCAAAUUGGAUACGCGUCCGCGGACGAGGUCUCCCCCACCUCCGAAACUGCACCCACCAACAGCACGCAGUACCACUAUCAUUACUAUGAUAAUGACGGCAGUAAUACCACCAGAAGACGGUACACCUGCGAGUAUGAAUUGAGCGAGAGGCUAACGCCGCCCAGCAAAACCAAGUUCCCAACUUCUGCAAACCGAGUUCUAUUUCAUCAUCAGAGCGACACCGCUCUUCCUAAAUCCAUCCCUCCCGACCCAACGGAAACAGCACACACCGAAGAACUCGGACUCGUACAUGGUCCGAAUAGUCAUCCCACCACUGACUCUAUCACAAUUAGCACCGACCCGACAGAAUGUGGGUUUGCCGCCGAGCAGGCCUGUUGGUCGGAAUUGAAGGGAGAUGGUCGAGUCGAGAAGAUAGAUCGAGAGACAGACAACGAGGCGUCUCCUCAGGGCAGACUCGUUUUCGCCCGAUCACCGGAAAAAAUUCGAGAGCUCGUGGCUGCCGUCCAACGUGAUCAUCUGAGAGGUGAGGCAUUCAGCUACCUGGCAUAUGAUAACACAAUUAUAGCCAAACUCAGCUAG